AUGAUGCACAGAACUGUCUCUUUGCUUGGAGCGCUUUUCUUUGUCGCCGGUGCUAUCGCUCAAUCCACUGCACCCCAGUACGGGCAGUGCGGUGGUCAAGGCUGGGCGGGUGCUACAACCUGCCCCUCAGGCUGGUCUUGCAAUUUCCUCAACCCGUUCUACUCACAAUGCCUCCCCGGCGCGGCGUCCACCACUACCACCAGCACGAGCGGUAGCACCACCUCAGGCGGCGCCUCGUCCACUUCGACCACGACCGCGCCAAGCGGGACCACGACCCUCCAAGCAGGCAAUUCCUUCAUCCGCGCCGUCGAGGACCCGAACUUCCACAAGUACCUCCGCUCGGAGACGAUCGGGACCGCGUCCGACGCGGUGCUUGGCGACCCGGACACCGCAGCGCAGUUCCAGAUCAACAACGGGCAGCUGGUGCAGCUAGUGCCUGGCGGCACGAAGCUCUACGCGGUCGUUGAGGCGCGCGCCAACUCGACGGUGACGAAGCUCAAGAUGUCGUGGUCAAGCGAGCCCGCGAGUGGGAGCAACGCCGGGACGUUCAUGUGGUCCGGCGACACCGUCGAGUGGUCGAGCCCAACGGUCUCCCGCCCGCAGCUCAAUGCGUGGCUCAUCUGCCCCGAUGCUAACGGGAACAAAGACGUGUACAUCAACCUCGGGAACUACGACUACAUGACUCCUGCGGGCUGCGCCGAUGAGACGAUCCAUGCGUACACCGGCGCGACCGCGACCGCUUGA